UAUGAGCGUUUAUCUUUUAUUUGUCGUUUGGUUUGGACGACUAGGUUAACAAAACUCAAAUUCACUUUGUCCAGCGGAGAGUUCUUCGAAGCAACUUUGCUCAUGGAUUAAUAUACCGUGCCAUCAAUUGGUCAAAUCGAAUGGAUAUGUGUCAAGGUUUAUGAUCUGUGACUCGUGGUCACUAUUCUUGGAAUCGUAGAAAUAGAGAUUCAGAAGAAAGAACAAAUUAUUAAACGUUUUGUAUUUUGUAAAUUUAACUUUCGUGUAUUAGUAAGUCGGUAAGUGUGUAUUAAAAUACUAUCUAAAUGUUUCCAUGUUUGUUCUGUCGGCCGUGUCGACCAUUAGAGGUUUGAUUAAUUGGUUUGGAUUGUGUAAAAUUAUUUAUUUAACCCUUCAACAUGUCUGAUAAGCCAGGACCAAUAAGCAGACCCAUGAAAUAUCCUUACACUUUUUCAGCUAAAAUUGCUCAAUUUCCAUGGAAAUUUUUUGCUAAACACAACUGGAUUGUCAGAUACUACGUUUUUGGGUUCCUUUCCGCUUUUCCAGUUUUUGUCGCUGUUGGUAGAUUAGCGAAUUCUCCCGAAAAUGUAGCAAAAUGGGCAGAAAUUCGUAGGAAGGAAGCAGAAGGGCACCAUCACUAAGAAAAAUCGGUUUUCUUUAUUAGUCUCUUUGUAUGUAACUGUAAACUAAAAAAUAUAUUAAUUUAAAAGC